AUGGGGCCUUUUUCUCCCGCCCACCAGCCUGACGAAGGCUAUUCCGAGGAUCCUCUGGGGCCAACCGGCCUGGCUGACCAACUCUCUACUCUGGCGACGCUCAAGUCCCCCCUCGAGCUGCCGCAAUGGCUGGCUGCAAACGCCGCGCUCCUCCCCGUAUCCGUCAAAUCAAAGCUGGCCAUGACGCUCCUGGAUCAGCUUCCAACGUCUGCCAUCGUCGAAAUCGUCGAGCGCCUGAGCCCGAGACUUUACAUCGACUUUAUCCGCCACCUUCCCGCCGAAAUCUGCCUCAAGAUCCUUAGCUCUCUCGACCCCGUAUCCCUUGUUAGCGUGCUGCAGACUUGUCGGGCGUGGUAUGACCUGGCCGUGGAUCGGAAGCUGUGGGAGCGACUGUACUACCUUGAGGGCUGGAAGGCUGUGCAAACCGAGAUCGAUGCGAUGCAAACGUCGGAUCACCACCCAAACAAGAUUCGUGCCAUACUCAACAAUGACGAUGACGACGAGGACUUGGAGAUGACGGACCAGGACAGGCUGCCCAGCAUCGUCGACCACAGUGCUGGCGCCAGCUUAUUUGGGUCUGCCGGUGGGCUACAGUCGAGGCAGACGCUGCCCUCCUUGGGUGAUAUGCACCUGGAUAGCUUCUCGUCUGCCAAGGGCAAGGCUGUAGAUCGGGGCCUUGGGUCGUCGUCGUCGGAAAGCAGAGCUAAGCGCAAGGAACCCGGCGGCACCCCCGAGAUGACGCUGCCGUCAAUCGAGGCAAGCGACGCCACGGCAUCCAUGAUCAAGUCGACUCUUUGGACUUGGGAUAUCAACAGCUCGCGAUAUCGCAUCAACUGGAAGUACCUGUAUAACAUGAGGCGGCGCCUUGAAUCGAACUGGGAGCUAGGCAAGUACAAGACCUUUGUGCUACCGCACCCUAGCUACCCGGAGGAAGGCCACCAAGAGUGUGUCUACACCUUGCAGUUCGACGCAAACUAUCUCGUCAGCGGUAGCCGAGACCGCACGAUGAGAGUCUGGAAUAUGCAUACACGCCGGUUGGUCCGCCCGCCUCUGACCGGCCACACAGGCUCCGUCCUGUGUCUUCAAUUUGACGCGGACCCGGCUGAGGACAUCCUAGUCUCUGGCAGCAGCGAUUCAAACGUCUUCAUCUGGAAGUUCUCCACCGGAGAGCUGGUGCAGAGAAUCACAAACGCCCAUCGCGAGUCUGUCCUCAACGUCAGGUUUGACAAGCGCGUCCUAGUCACGUCUUCCAAGGACAAAACCAUCAAGAUUUUCAACCGCCGACCGUUGCGGUACGGUGACUUGGGCUAUGGAGAAGUAGAUGCAGCCGUCAACCCCGUCGGCAUGAGCGUCAAACCCUACGGCUACGAACCAGAUCUUUCCCAGGAGCUGCCUGUCAAGCCCCCCUAUACCGUCAUCGGCAGACUGGAGGGACAUGGCGCUGCCGUCAACGCCAUCCAGGUUCGAGGCAGCACCAUUGUCUCCGUCUCUGGCGACCGUCACAUCAAAGUAUGGAACUGGCCGGAACAGGUCUGCACACAAACCAUCCCAGCACACGAAAAGGGCAUUGCCUGUGUCGAGUUUGAUGAGCGCCGAAUUGUGAGUGGUAGUAGCGACUACGAAGUUUGCAUUUUCGACGCGCCGACCGGCCUCAAGGUGGCCUCCCUUCGAGGACACGCUCAUCUCGUCCGAACAGUGCAGGCGGGCUUCGGUGAUUUGCCGUACAGCCGGGAGGAGGAUGCGGCUGAGGCCAAGAGAGUCGACGCCGAGUACUUCAAGGCCGUAGAGGCAGGAGAGAUUGACCACGAGGGCGACCGAAGGAUUCGUCGUUCUAGGAGAAUAAACGCAGGAAGCUCUCGACCGGCCGAUCUCCAGGCAACUGGUGCCAAGGUCCCGCCGGGCGGAGGCGGAGGACGUAAAUAUGGGCGCAUCGUUUCCGGUUCAUAUGACCAGAGCAUCAUCAUCUGGCGGCGCGAUAAGGAGGGUGUGUGGAAGCCUGCGCACCAUCUGCGCCAGGAAGAGGCCGCCGAGGCCGCACACAGGCAAGUCGCCCUGACCAACGCCCAUCGACAGGGCACUCAGCUGGCGUCGGCAGCCAUUGCGGUGUCGCCGGUGCAUCCCGGAGUGUCGCAAGGCAUGCAGUCGUCGCCCAUCCGCGAUCCAAGCGGUGAGCACAGCCAGGCGGCGCGCAUCUACAAGGCCAUGAUAGACCAGGUCGUCCCCAUUGGAGUUGCAGCUCUGAGGCAGGCACUGGCGAACCAUCCAUCCGUGCUCAUCUACCAUGGCUACCUGCAAGCCGCGAUUGAACGAGAGCCCUCGCCCUUUGUCAGAUCGCACCUUAGGCAGGUGGUGGCGGAUGGCUUGAUUGCGAUACAAAACAACCAGUCGGCCAGACAGCGCCUCAUUGCUCGCGGUAAUGCCCACAUCCUAGCUCCUCUUAACAUAGAGGGGAGAGUCGCAGGCCUGGUUCCUGGAUAUGCUGGCGGCGCAAUGGCAGGGCCCUCUUCCGCCGCAGCGGUAGACAUCAACGGCGGCAGCAGCACCGACCCUCGACAGUCGGCAUACUCCCCAUUACCAGCACCAGCAUCACAGGCACACCCAUCCACUCCUCUCCACGCACCUGUACCCCAGCCUUCUCAGCUUUCCAUCCCUCCCGGCCAGGGGCCUCCCCCUCAGCUUCCUCCCAUCGUCCAACCUGAACAUACCAGCGCUCAGCCGGGCACGGUCGAAAUGGCAGACGCCGCACCAGCUCCAGAGCAACACCCGCGCAUCGUGGCAGCUGAAAACCCUCCGGCACGCGUUUUCAAGCUCCAAUUUGAUGCUCGCAAGAUCAUCUGCUGUAGCCAGGCGCCAGUCAUUGUCGGCUGGGACUUUUGCAACGGUGAUCCGGAGCUAGAGGAGGUUGCUCGCUUCUUCGCAGCGAUUGAUUAA